ACUUUUUGGUUAGAACAAGUACUUUGCAAAGAAAUCUAUGGACGAAUAUUGUUUUUUACAUGAAAUUAUUUGUUUUGUGAGGCGCCCGUCUGUCAAACGCAAAACUCUCAUCAGCGAUCGCGUUCGACAACGAAACACGUUUCGUGAUUACCAGUUACUCACACUUUUGUCGAAUAUUGGUCGAUUUAUCAUUAAAAAUGACGUUUUUCGAUAGUCAGCAAGUCCCGUCGAAGGAACAGGUCGAGGGUGCUAAGUCUACUAUCGCCCGAAUGCUUCAGGAGCUUGAUAGGUACAAUCCGGACAACUUGCCGUUCUUGGAAAAUUUUGUGGAUUUACAAUGCAGGGCAAAUUUCUAUGACCUUGAAGCAAACCUGGCCGUUCUUAAGCUGUACCAGUUUAAUCCCUUGGUUGUGAAGUUGCAGAUCAUCGCACAGAUCCUCCUUAAGGCGUUGACGAAUUUGCCCCAUUCAGACUUUGUUCUCUGUAAAUGCCUCAUCGAUCUUAGUCAUCAAAGUGACCGUACGAUAGAUACGAUCAUGAGGUUGCACAGCGAUUUAGAGACCUGCGAGCUACAGAGAGUAUGGUCUACACUGUCCAGUGAGCUGCGUGAAGCGGAUGCCGUCGUGGGCUUCGAGGACGCUAUUCGAAACUACAUCGGUAUCGUCGUGAAUAUGACGUACCAGAGGAUCGACAAGCGAAUGUUGUGUGAGUUUCUUAAUGUGAAAGACAAGGACCUCAAGACAUGGAUGGACCGGUUCGGAUGGAAGGCUCAAGGUGUCAAUGACAUCUUUAUCCAAAAUCACGAGGAGAGCAUCAAGACAAAGUCUAUUCUCGAACACAUCACUUUUGAAACAGUCGAAGAUAUUAUGAUCAAUUGUCGCUGAAUAAUAUUCCCCUCUGCCAUUCCCGUGGCUUUGCUAAUUACAUGUGGCAGUUGAAAAACGACCCAAUAUGAUCAUAAAAUUAUUGGGAUACAAGAAAAUGGUAACUUUUGUUUUUGUAUAAUAAACGAACUAAAAAUAGAAAUUUC